CUCCUCCACGCGGCGUCUCGCAGCAGCAGUAGCAUCAUCCACAACAACAGCAGCAGCAACAUCCACAACAACAACAACAGCAGUAGUAGUAGCCACAACAACAGCAGUAGCAGCAGCAUCCACAACAACAGCAGCAACAGCAGCAGUAGCAGCAUCAUCCACAACAGCAGCAUCAUCCACAACAGCAGUAGCCACAACAGCAGUAACAGCAGCAGCAACAGCAGCAGUAGCAGCAUUAUCCAUAACAGCAGCAACAACAGCAGCAGCAGUAACAUCCACAACAACAGCAACAACAGCAAUAAUAUCCACAACAGCAGCAGCAACAUCCACAGCAUCGUCGCCCGUCCACCACGCCUUGCCCCCCAAGCCCAUCUCGAGUGGGACGAAGCCGACGGGCAGCAUGGAGAUCCGUUUCGACGGAAAGCACGCGCUGGUGACGGGGGCAGGCAAAGGUAUUGGCAGGGCCACCUGCAUCGCCCUGCAGCGUCUGGGAGCCACGGUGACCGCAAUGAGCCGGACCCAGGCCGACCUGGACAGCCUCACCCACGAGUGCCCCGCGGUGCGUGCCGUGUGCGUGGACCUGGCCGACUGGGGGGCGGUGGAGGCGGCGCUGGGCCCCGUGGGGCCCGUGGACCUCCUGGUGAACAACGCCGGCGUGGCCCUGCUGCAGCCCUUCCUCGACGUCACGGCGGAGGCCUUCCAGCGCUCAUUUGACGUGAACGUGAAAGCAGUUCUUCAGGUGUCCCAGGCGGUGGCGAGGGGCAUGGUGGCGCGGGGAAGCGGCGGCGCCAUCGUGAACGUGUCGAGCCAGGCGUCGCAGCGCGCACUGCUCAACCACGCCGUCUACUGUGCCUCCAAGGGAGCCCUGGACAUGCUCACCAAAGUCAUGGCACUGGAGCUUGGACCUCACAAGAUCCGCGUGAAUGCCGUAAACCCCACGGUGGUGAUGACGGACAUGGGCCGCGAGGCGUGGAGCCCCCCAGAGCGAGCGGGGCCCAUGCUGGCGCGCAUACCACUCGCUCGAUUCGCCGAGCUGGAGGACGUGGUGAACGCCAUCGUGUUCCUGCUGAGCGAGCACAGCGCCAUGGUGCACGGCGUCACGCUGCCCGUGGACGGGGGCUUCCUCGCCUGCUAGGCGCCAGUCACCACCACCACGUGUCACAUCACCAACCCUGGUGCGUUCUCUCAGCUUAACACCAGGAGUGGCACCACCAGCAGCGUUCCCACCACCCUGAGAGCCCCCUUUCUCCAGAGGGUGCUUGGCCUACUCUUCCACAUUGCUAUUAUUGUACAGCCGAAACGAUCGCUUUCCAUCGGCAUGUCGGGUGAAACAGUUCCAGAAAUCUCUGCCUUAGCAGCUGACACCGCUAACGCUGUUGCCAGCAAUGACAACACACGCUUGCACACGCCGUCACCAACACUGUGUCGGCGCGGAAAUCAUGUCUCCCACUCGAUUCCCCCACCACCACCUCUAAAUAAAGCGACCGAUCGUACGCACGCGUCAAGCGAGUCGUGGCGCCAGUGAAGGAGGCGGACAGCGCGAAGGUCACGAACAUAAACCCUCUUUUUAUUUUAAUUAUAAUUACUGGAGUGUGGGCGGCCGGUCCGGGGUUACAAGUCCGGCACCAAUCCGCGAUCAUUCCUCGCACGGCGCCACGACAGGGACACGCAGUCCAUGAAGCAGUUGACAUGGAGCACCCCUCCACACACAGCAGUGCACAGCACCUACACGCGAGCGUGUGUGUGUGUACGCGGCUAGACUUGUGCGUGUGUGCGGCUAUACUUCUGUGUUUACAUGGAGAUGGGGGGGGGAGGUACAUACACAGGUGUACAUUUGUUUUGUGCGUGUGCAGGUAGGUGGGUGUGUCUGUCGGGAGUGGUGGUGCAAUGAUUAGCACGCACUGCGCUACGAAUCCCAUUAGGGACCAAUAACCGUGGCAAAUAUUUGAACCGGUUCUGUGCUGCUCCUUAGUCUACUCAGCCGUGC